GUUACUGCAGCACACGCGCUCGCGGACCCAGCAGCGUGCAAAGACAGAACUACAUGGCCUUUUAGGUACUUUGCUUAAGUCUAGCAGUUUCUCGCAAAUUCAACAUAAUGGAUGACGGUGACGAUUUCGUAAUUAAUACUUGGGAGCCCUCGCCUUCGGUUCCGAAGAAGGCGCCCGCAUCCGCGAAAGCGGACGGCGGCGGCAAGCCAGGAAAUGCUGGCGCUGGAAAGCCCAACGGUGGGAAUGGACAUGCAGCGAAUGGAAACCGGGCGCACGGCGGCCAGCAACAGCAGCAGCGUAAUGGCAAGGCUUUCGGCCGGGACGGCUCGUCGGGCGCACGUGGCGAUAGCGGCAGUGGAGGCCAGGGGCAGCAGCGGAAUGGAGGGGGAGGCGCGGGGCGGCAGGACGGCGGCGCGUGGCAGGCAGGCAGGCCGUCAGGCGGGGGCGCUGGUGGCGGAGGCGGAGCAGGCGGUGGUGGGCGGCAGCGGCAACAGCCCGGCAAGGAUCGAUUCAAAAUGCGAGCCGGCGGCCGCGCCAUGGACCCGGACGACCCCGACGAGCUGCUGCGCUCCGAGGCGCCGGCGGAGGAGCAGGACGACCUGGCGGAGGUGCUGGGGCUGGUGGCGGCGCGGGAGCGGGCGCUGCAGGCGGAGGCGGAGGGAGCGGCGGGCGCGGGCGCGGGAGGAGGCAAGCGCCGGGCGCCGGCGGAGGAGCCAGAGGGUGUGGUGGACUUUGACGAUGACGACGGCGGCCGCAAGCGCCGCCGCACCGACGGCGCCGGCGGCCCCGCCAAGCCCGCCAUCAAAGCCACGGGCCGCGGCAAUUUCACGCCCGGCACCGCCACCCACGCCGCCGCCAACCCCGCCGCCGCCGCGGCGGCGGCCGCCGGCGGCGCCGCCGACGCCGACGCCAGCUGGCAGGGCCUGGGCCUGGCUGCGUCGCUGAGUGGCCAACUGGAGUCGCUUGGCUUCGCAGCGCCCACGCCCAUCCAGAAGCUGGUGCUGCCGGUGCUGCUGUCUGGGCGGGACGCGCUGGUGAAGGCGCAGACGGGCAGCGGCAAGACGCUGUGCUACCUGCUGCCCAUCAUCAACGACCUGCAGGCGCAGCAGCCGCGCAUCAGCCGUGGCGAGGGCACCUACGCAAUCAUCCUGGCUCCCACCCGCGAGCUCAGCAUUCAGGUUGCCGACGUGGCCAACGCCAUCCUCAAGCGCUACCACUGGCUGGUGUCGGGCCUGCUCAUCGGCGGCGAGAACCGCGCGCACGAGAAGGCGCGGCUGCGCAAGGGCGUGUCGCUGUUGGCCGCCUCGCCGGGGCGGCUGCUGGACCACCUGGAGCACACCGCCAGCUUCCGGACAACCGAGCUGCGCUGGCUGGUUCUUGACGAGGCGGAUCGACUGCUGGACCUGGGCUUUGAGGCCAAGCUGCGCCAGAUCACCGAGCUGCUCAACAAGCGCUCCGCUGCAGGCAUGGAAGCAGAGGCCGCCGGCGGAGCCGCCGCCGCCGCCCACGCCGCCGUCAACGACCACGCCGACGACGCGCAGGACGCCGAAGGCGACUUUGACUUCGUCGCGGAGGAGAAGAGCCGCCGCAGGCAGGCGGCCGCCGCCGCCGGGCCCGGGCCCGGCUCCGCCGGCGCGGUCGCCGCCGCCGCCGCCGCCGCCGCCUCUCAGCGCCGCACGGUGCUCGUGAGCGCCACGCUCCACAAGCAGCUGGGCGCGUUGGCGGAGCUGGCGCUGCGGGACCCCGCGGUCGUGGGCUUCGACGUCAAGCAGACCAAAUCGGGUCCGCAGCUUAUCGGCGGUGCGGAUGUGGGCAGCGGCCCCGGCGGCAGCGGUGCUACAGCCGGCGGCGAGGGCGAGGGCGUGAGCUACAGCCUGCCGGCGUCGCUGCGGCAGACGUGGCUGGAGGUGCCGGCCAAGGAGCGGCUGAGUGCGCUGGCGGCGCUGCUCAAGAGCCGCACCGCGCGGCGGCGGCCGGGGGGAACCAAGAUUGUGGUGUUUGUGUCCUCCUGCGACGGCGUGGAGUUCCACCACCACCUUCUGGCCGACCUGUGGGAGGCGGUGGCAGGCGGGCCGCUACUGCCGCGCACCUGCAGGCUGUUCAAACUGCACGGCGACAUGCCGCAGAGCCAGCGCACAGAGACGUUUGCGGGCUUCUCAAAGGAGGGUGACGGUGUGCUGUUGUGUACGGACGUGGCGGCACGUGGCCUGGACUUCCCCAACGUCACCACCAUCAUCCAGUACGACGUGCCAGGAGCCCCCGCAGAGUACGUGCACCGCGUGGGCCGCUCUGCGCGCAUGGGCGCCGCCGGCGAGGCCGUGAUGAUCCUCAUGCCGCACGAGGUGCCGUACGUCAACCUGCUGCGAUCCCGCGGGGUCAUGUUGGAGGCCUUGGGCUGGGACGGCCUGGCACGGUUCAUGCCCACGCCCUCCUUCGACGCGGACGGCGGCGGCGGAGGUGGCGGCGGCAAGAUGAGUAAGAAGAUGGCGGCGGCGGCGGAGGGGCUGGGCAGCGCCGGCGCGGCGCGGCAGCUGGCGGCGCAGCUGCACCGGCAGAUGUCGGCGGCGGUGGCGCGCGACCCGCAUGCGGCGCAGCUGGCGUCGGAUGCGUUCCGCAGCUACGUGCGCGCUUACGCCACACACAGCGGCGACCUCAAGCGCGUGUUCGCGGUGCGCAACCUGCAUCUGGGUCACGUGGCCCACGCCUUCUGCCUCACCGAGACGCCCACGCUGGUGGGCAGCAGCGGCAGCGCAGCCGACCGCAAGCGCCGCAAGCGCGAGCAGUCGGCGGCGGCGGAGGCGGACAGGCGCAAGAAGAUGAAGCGGGCGGCGCGGAAGGUGUCGGCGUGAGCGCGUGUGUUUGUGAUGUGUAAGAACAGCGUUGGGCGCGAACACGUAGUGUGUGCGGUUGUGCGCUAUCGUUGUGGUGGUGGGGUUGAGUUUGGAGUAUGUGGGUU